GUCUUGUAGCCCACUGGGAGCUGUGAUGAACAGGAAGCUCCAGGGACAGAGAAUGGGGUCAGCGGGGGUACCACGUUCUCCUCCUCCAAAGCGCUUCAUUUCCUUCUUGCUGGCAGAGCCUAAGCUUUCAUCCUCUGUCCCCCAUCGAUUAAAGGCCCCGCCUGCAGCCCUCGAAUUAAAACUCAGGCUGGAACCUGAGAGGAGGGCUCUCAGAAGCACAGAGAAACGGGCCGCCCUUGAAACAGACUUGCUUAUGGAGAGACACAGGGGGCAGGGGGCAGCAGCUCCGGCUGCCCUCAGCUCUCUUCAGGAAGAAGGCCCUGGCCCAGUGUCUUCAAAAGUCACUGGAGCACAGCUGCGGGGGAGGGGGGGGAGGAAGGGGGGGCAGGGGGAGGGGAGAAGAAAGGGCAACCUCUGGCCAGACCCAGCCCCUCUGGCCGUCCCCGCUCUUCUGGCUGGGACCGAGCAAGGGGGCCACCCAGGCUGUGGCCGCCACCGAGCUGGCAGGAAGUGUGCGGAGCAGGUCCCGAAGCGUGCGCGUGCUGACUUGGCGGCCUGGAGACGGCCGUCCUCUUCCCCCGCCCCAGGGGCCCGGCGGAGGCCCCCAACCCACCCAGCCCUCCCCAGUCACCAAUGCCGGCAAAACAGCAGAAGCUUCUUAAACUCUAGAUGCAGGUUACACGGAAGGCCUCACGGGUUAACUCAGGGGUUCACUAAUUCUACUGUCUCCAUGCAGUCGGGGAAAUGGGGGGGCGACCGGCCCAGCCUGGCAGGCUGCAGCGCCGUACAUGCGUGUGUCCGCGGGUGUACGUGCGAGCGUACGUGUCUCUACAAGGACCCCCCUCCCCGCCUGCUUUCCCCUUGCCUCAGCCUGAGCCGGGAUUGCUCGGCCGUGUUGAAUCUUCCCUCCCGCGAGGCUGGCCCAAGGGGGCUGCCUGAGGUGACCCCGACUGAGAGCAAAGGGCCCUUGCUGCCAAGAAGUCCCACCCCCCCUCCCCUGUUUGUAGGAUGAGUGUGGAGACCCCACCC